GGCAUGUACAAGACUGCACCAUCUUGUUUACACGUUUAUAUAACGAUGGGAGCUUGUGAACAUGCAUGUCAAAAAAAGGAAACCACGCUGACAGAGUUGCAUCAGCUGGGUUGUAAGAUGGAUGCAUCACUCUCUGUGGACAGAGAAGGACAAAUGGUGGAUGAUGGUGGUAAAUGCGGUGGUUGGAUCAUCUUUUUAUUCAUGAUAGGAACUUUAAUGUGCUUGACACUUGCUGCUGGAGGAUGGCAAGCAAAUCUGGUUGUGUAUCUGAUUGAGGAGUUUAACGUGAAGAGCAUUGAUGCUACUCAGGGAUUGGUCCUAUUCACUUUGACUGCAACUCUUGAUUCCUUGAGGCCCUCUUCAUGUGAGAAUGGAUCUAGCUUGUGCAAAACACCAUCAAAAAUUCAGUUUGCGGUCCUAUAUGCUAGUAUAACUCUGGCAUCAAUUGGACUCAGAGGCACUCGCUUUACUAUAGCAACAAUGGGAGCAAACCAAUUUGACAAGCCUAAAAAUCAAGGGAUUUUCUUUAACUGGUUUUUCUUUGCCAUGUAUACAGCAACUGUUGUAAGUUCUACUGUCGUUUGUGUAUAUUGAGGACAGUGUCAGUUGGGUGUUGGGAUUUGGCUUAUCUGCUCUUGUUAAUCUGAUUGGUCUGGUCAUAUUCGCAUCUGGAACCCAUUUCUAUUGUCGUGAUAAGCCACAAGGUAGUCCAUUCGUGAAAAUAGCUCAUGUUAUUGUUGCUAGUAUCCGGAAAUGGAACGUUAAGCUCUCAUCCAGAAGGGAGGAUUACCACUAACACAAUGAUGGAGAGGCAAAGACGACUCCUGCAGCACCUAAAAGGAGUUUCACUUUCAGAUUUCUGAACAAUGCAGCCCUGGAAACAGAAGGGGACUUGAAGCCCGACGGCUCAAUUACAAGGCCAUGGAGGUUGUGCACACUCCAGCAAGUAGAAGAUCUCAAAACUACCAUAAGAAUUUUACCCUGUUGGUCAUCCAACAUAUUUAUAAGUACCCCCAUAGCGAUUCAAAUGAGCUUAACGGUCCUCCAACCUCUGAAGAUGGACCGUCACAUUGGUUCACAUUUUAACA